UUGAGCAGCCUCGGGCCUGCGCCGGCGCCCGGAGCCCAGUGCUAGCCAUGGGGCUGCUGUCGGACCCCCACUGCCGCCGGGUCCUGGUCCACCUCAUCCAGCGCCUCAACACCCCGCUCUGUGCCCUGAGCUACGUGUUGGGGCUCUGCUGGUUCCUGGCCCUGGCCUGGCCUCCCCUGGCCCCCCCGACCUACAUCUCGGAGAACGCCCUGGGCUCCACCAUGGUGCAGGAGCAGUUCCCCCUGGGUGCCCGUGCCCUCGCCUAUGCCCGACAGUUCGGGGCACACAAGAAGAAAGCAGGCGGGAUGCCCGUGCAGUGGCUGGAGCAGACGCUGUGGGAGCUGGGGCUGGAGGUUCACCGGCAGAGCUUCUCCCGCACGCUGCCCUUCCCGGACGAGACCCGGGAGCGAUACAUGGUGCAUGGCACCAACGUGUACGGGAUCCUGCGGGCACCGCGGGCAGCCAGCACCGAGGCGCUGGUGCUGAGCGUGCCCUGCAGCCCUGGCACCCACAACAACCAGGCUGUGGGGCUGAUGCUGGCACUUGCUGCCUACUUCCGAGAGCAGAUCUACUGGGCUAAGGACAUCAUCUUCCUGGUGACGGAGCAUGACCUGCUGGGCACCGAGGCCUGGCUGGAGGCCUACCAUGACAUCAACCUCACUGAGGUGCAGAGCUCGGGCACGCCGGGCCGGGCGGGUGCCAUCCAGGCUGCCAUCUCGCUGGAGCUGAGCAGUGACGUGGUGACCAGCUUCGACGUGGCAGUGGAGGGCCUCAAUGGGCAGCUGCCCAACCUCGACCUCCUCAACCUCUUCCACGCCUUCUGCCAGAAGAACGGACUGCUCUGCACCAUCCAGGGCAAGCUGCCACGCUCGGACUGGGAGUCGCUGCCCGGCUAUGCCCACAGCCUGCAGACGCUGGCACUGAUGGUGCUGGCGCAGGCCUCGGGGCGCCCCGGGGGGGACCAUGGGCUCUUCCUGCGCUACCGCGUGCAGGCCCUCACCCUGCGCGGCAUCAACAGCUUCCGGCAGAGCAAGCACGGCAUGGCUGCCGUCGGCAGGACCCUGGAGGGAAUGUUCCGGAAGCUGAACAACCUGCUGGAGAGGUUCCACCAGUCCUACUUCUUCUACCUGCUGCCCUCCCUCUCCCGCUUCGUCUCCAUCGGCCUCUACAUGCCGGCCUUUGGCUUCCUCCUGCUGGUCCUGGUCCUCAAGGCCCUGGACAUCUGGAUGAAGCUCAGCAAGAGCGAGAUCAGCAGUGGAGAGAGGCUGUGGGAUGGAGACCGCGCUGCUGAGGAGGAGGCCCGUCCCGGUCUGCUGGUGCUGGUGCCGCCGGUGCUCAUCUGUGAGGCCGCCGGCCUGGCCCUCUACUUGCUGCCAGUGCUGGGCCAGCAGGUGGCCACCCAGCACUUCCCGGUGUCCGAGGCCGAGGCCGUGGUCCUCACCAUCAUCGCCAUCUAUGUGGCAGGCAUGGCCCUGCCCCACAACACCCACAGGGUGCUGCCAGGUGCGGGGGCAGCACGGGGCUGGCUGGCACUGAAACUGGUGGCACUGGUGGCCCUGGCACUGGUGCUGAUGGCCAUGGCCCUGCUCAACUUCUCCUUGGGCUUCCUCCUGGCUGCCACCAUGGUGCCUGCUGCUGCUGCCGUGCAGCCCAACGGCCCCAAGGUGCUGCUGGCAGCGGUGCUGGUGCUGGCAACGCCGGCGGUGACGCUGCUGCUGGGCAUCUUCCUGGAGCGGGAGCUGCUGGAGGUGCCCGCGGGCGCGGGCGAGGGCUGGCAGCUCUUCCUGGCAGCGCUGGGCGAGGGGCUGCUGCAGCACCACCUCUAUGGCUCCUGCCUCUACCCACUGCUUGCCCUCGGCGUCUACCCCCUCUGGCUGCUGCUCUGGAAUGUGCUCUUCUGGAAGUGACCUGUGGGCCCGCCCAGGGACCCUGGAAGGACACAUGGAGGGGCACAUGGACUGUGGAUGGACCCACGGGUGAUGGAUGGACACACUGCCCCUCUGGCUGCUGCUCGGGAACCUGCUCUUUAGGAAGUGACCCAUGACCGUGGAUGGACAAUAGAUCCACAGAUAGACCCACAGACCCAUACCCAGUGUGGCUGAUGGUUGUAGGGGGCUAAG